AUGGGUCACCACCACGACGAUGGUGAUGGCGUCCCUCAACAUGUCAAUAGCCCUCGUUUCUCCUGUCCUAUGACUCGCCGUGCUCGAUCUUUCAAACGUGGCGGCUCUGGUGGCACCCAACAACGUCGGCGUCUAGUGACAACAAUUCCAACUCAAGCUCUAGAGUUCAUCACGAGAUCGAUCUACACCUCUCACCUAGAUCAGAGAUCGGUUCUGGUUCAAGUCCGGAUCUUCAAACGACUGGGUUUGAUUCUUCAGCUCUCAAUCAAAAACAUCAGACGUGUGGUCAGUUGA